AUGGACGUGGAGCUGCUGGCGUUUACCAGCUGGGCCGUGUGGAACAGGCGGAACCAAGUGCGACUCAAACUACAAGCUUGCCCCCUUGAUCAGAUUCAUGUCUUAUCUAAGGAUAGGAAGAACAAAUUCCAGCUCAUUCAUCAUCAAUUGGGGACGCCUCAACACAGGAAACAUGUUCGAUGGAAGCCACCAGACCAAGGGUGUUACAAGAUCAACUACGACGGAGCGGUCUUCACUAAGCAAAGGAAAGUUGGUCUCGGCGCUGUUAUCAGAAAUGAGAAAGGCGAGGUGUUGGCUUCAAUGACACAGCUUGCGCCACUCCUAACAACAGUGGCACAGGUCGAAGCCUUAGCAGCGAGGCGAGCUAUGGAAUUUGCACUUGAACUUGGUUUCAACAGAGUUAUUCUAGAAGGCGACUCAGAGGUUAUAUGCAGAGAACUUCAAGACCAAAGUCCAUCUCUAGCUUUGCAUGGACACAUUCUGCAAGAUAUCAAAUGCUUGGCAGGAGCCUUCCAAUCUGUAGUUUUCUCUCAAAUACGCCGUCAAGGGAAUAAUGUAGCUCAUGCAUUGGCACGAAGGGCUAUUAAGGAACCAAAUUUAACUGUCUGGAUGGAAGAUGUACCACCAGACAUUUACCAUUUUGUACGGGCUGAUUUAGCCAAUAAUGAUUUACAAGCUUCUUCCUCAAAAAAAGGGUGCCCUCAUCAUUAA